AGUGAUCAUCGAAACUUCGACGGAAUCACGCGUAUUCUGUCCGCAGCUCUGAACACACUUUCAGUCUAUUCUAUAAAUCAGUUACAAUACACUACGAAAGUGCAUCGUUAAAAACUCGCCGCACACGCAUACAUACACUCUAUUUUCGACUCUUAAAGUCAUCAAAAGUGGAAUAGAAUUUUGUUUUGGAAAACGAAACACGAAAGCGAAACACAAGACACGAAAAGAACGAAUCUAAUUCCUUGUUUAUAAAAUAAGCAUUAGUCAACAGUAACGGAUGAAAUCAGCCGGAUAAAAUUAUUCCCAUCGAAACUGAGAGCAUCGUAGCAGUAGCAGCGUCUCAGCUUGUUGAUUUUAUUGUUUUGUUAUUUUUCUCUCUUUCGAAAGUCCUACACACGAACUUUUUUUUUUUGAUCACUUUGAAAUAUUGAGUAGAUUGACGGAACGAACAUUUUGUUGACAGACAGAUUCGAAUCGUUUGCUCUCCUUAUUGAUAGAGGAUACAGCAACGAAAACAAUAAACAACAACAACAAAAAAAGAUGCGAUCAACCUGUGCAUAUACUAUGUGUGAUGGAACAUUUUUUCUCUUAGUUGAGAUUGUCGGUUUCUAUAAAUAAACGGAAAAUCGUGCGAAGUGAUAGCCAAUUUCAAUUUUCUCUCAAUCUAGAUAACGGUCAGUGAUUUUGAAUCUUUUGCAUAGUGUUUUGGAUAUUGGUCGUUUUGUGUGUUUUUUUUUGUCUCAAUACUUGGUUUCGCACCAUUCAUACUCUCUUUGGUCGGUGUUUUAUAGCCAAAGAAAAUGUUCGGUAAAUGUAAUAGCAGCAGAUAAUAUCUCUUUCGGGGCAUUAUACUAUCUAUUACAUUCAUUACACUUAUAAAUAAUUUUAUGACGACAACAACAACAACAUCGACGACGACGACGACGACGAGUGAAAGAGGACAAGAACAUAUGUGGAAUAGAUUGCGUUCUCGCCAGCCACAACACACUUCACACACAUAUGAUACGCUCUGAUGAAAAUUCAAGUAUUUUUCUUGUUGGUGUUGUUGUUGUUUCGUUUUUUCUUCUUUCUUUCUUCUUCGAAAAACGAUGAAGCACUUUUAACCGUAAAAAUAGACGCAACACUCACAUUGUGAUUCGAAUAGAACAAAACAAAAAUAUAUAUCGUAGCGCAAAGUAUCUUACAUACAGCGAGAAAGUGAGACGCAUGACCAUAUGCCACACUGAACACGAGAAACAUUUCACCUUUUUUUCCUAUAUGGCCAAUAAUUUGUUCAGUCGUCGUUUUCGGAACAUUGGUCCUAACCACUUUAAAAUUGCUAUUUUGAAGCGUCGAGAAAUGUGUAUUGCAUUGUGACGGGGUGCAUUUGCUUAACGAUCAAAACAACCACCGAGAAAAAGAGACAGAGAAACAUAUUUUGGAUCGAGUUAAACUCAAGAACACAGAAAAUAAGAGAAUUUAAUUUUCGUCACCAUUGUUUGCAUUCACACAUACAGGACAAAAACGAACCGACAACCUAAACUGAACUAAAUAAAACGGAACAAAACGACACAAAAGAGAAAGAAAAUAAAGAGAAAAAAAAGAGUCAAUGAAGACGAAAUAAAAGACCAUGUAAUAAACUUUGAGUGCAAAAUUCAAUUAUGCGUGUUGCGUGUUAAUUUAAUUUGGUGUAAGUGAAUGUUUGUUGUGCGUUUUCUGGUGUGUUCAUUGCAACAAAAAUAGCGAAAAAAAGGAGAAGAAGUAAAACAAGAUCGAAAACGGGAACGAAAACGCACAAAGACCAAAACGAUACGAUUGAAUCAUAAAAUUGUGUUAUGAUAGUUCAGUGACCAAAACUAAUUGAAUUAAAUCAUGACAAUGGCACCAAGUUGAAAAAGCAUCACGUACAUAUUUGUGGAUAAAUGCGUCCUAACGAUCUUCCAUCCAAAAUCGACCAAAGAAUCGACCAAAGCGAUAGAGUGUGAGAGAGAUAGACAGUGAACGGGAAAAGAGAAGUAUAGCAGAAAAUUGCAUCGCAUUCACAAAAGAGUGUCUAAACGGCGUGUAAUGGACUUUUUAGUUUCGGCAAGAUUCGAAUAAAUUCUGAUUACAGUGUCUUGGAGAUAAGUGAAGAGCAAAGCACGCGCGCAUGCAAACAGACACAACAACGCCAAUUCCAGCGAAUACAAACGGAUUGGUACACGCUAAAGGCGUACAUAAGCAAAUUAAGUUGAUAAACGCACACAGAGAGAAAAACGCGCUAAAUAUUAGCAAAAUUUCUCGCUUUACAUUUUAAGCUCGGCCAAACGAGAUUGAAAGCUCCAGAACGAUAAAUAGCCAAAUACGGUUUUCGCAUUUUGCGAGAGACUGUGUGCACAUGACUUCAAACAGCCUAAUUUGAAUGUUAUUGAUGCGCGCACACAAAGUGAAUACGAAACGAUUAAGGCGCCUGAAUAAGUUAAACAAAUUCAAUUCAAUCAUUCAACGAACCGCUUAAGCAAACAAAUCGAGGCAGAACAGCCAGAGAUAGCGCGAUACCCAUAAAGAGUGAGAGACAGAACGGCGUGUAUUUUGCCUGCUAGCCAACACAAACACACCAAAACAACAAACAACCCAAGAACCAGAGCUGAACUGAGCACACGAGCACGAAGGCGAGUGAAUACAACAAGCGGUAUACAAUAAAAUCCGAAAAAUAAAAAGUCAGUGUGUUGGCAUUUAACAUGACGAUUUGGAAUUCAUCAGUGUGAGAAGUUUGCACAUUAAGCCCAUUUAUUUCAUCCGGACAGUCCAGUUGAAUUUCGUAGCUAGUGCUUGAAAAAACGAAAAUAAGCGCCGAUAAACGGAUAUAUUUGGACAGUUCAACAUUUAAACGAGCAUACCCACUCUCCUCGUCCGCGCCUAUCCCAAAAAUACCAGCGCCAAAUCAGCAACCCCAAAACAGACAACCGACACAUCCGAGCGUGAAUUGAUUUUGUUUUCACAUCAUUGCCACCACAAAACGAUUCGUACGAAGCUUUUCUAUAUGAUUCACAAGAUCGUCAGUAUCAACAAUGAGUGCAUCUACAGAAAAUAGUACGGUUGUUUAUUGCGGCCAAGGAUUAGAUGAUUUUCAUACGCGAUAUCAUUCCAUCCAUGGAUACUUGAGCUUAUCGGUAUGCAUUUUGGGUUGUAUUGCAAAUGUGGCGAAUGUAGUGGUUCUGACACGACGUGAAAUACGUUCACCAACGAAUGCCAUACUCACCGGUUUGGCCGUGGCUGAUUUUCUCGUGAUGAUCGAUUAUAUACCAUACUCAUGGUUUGAUUAUAUUCUACCAAACAUGAACUAUACGCGUAGAACAUUGUUCUCCUAUUCAACGGCCUGGUUCAUCAUGUUCCAUUCGAUAUUUGCGCAAAUUUGUCACACAAUUUCAAUUUGGUUGACGGUGACGUUGGCUGUGUGGCGUUACAUAGCCGUUGCGUAUCCACAUCGAAAUCGAAUUUGGUGUAAUAUGCGUACAACACUUAUAACCAUUGCGAGUGCCUACAUCGUUUGUCCAUUUGCUGCCAUCCCAUUGUAUUUGGCGACGGCAAUUCAAGCCAGUACCCAGAUUCUCGAUGGUAACGGUCAAAUUUACAAGGCGAAUAGCAACGGCACCAUCAAUAAUGUCAGCAACAGUGUCAGCAGUGCUAACGGUGUGGUACAAUUGGCAUCAACGUCACUCUUACCAGCUGGUUACAAAAAUAUCACCGUCUACAAGGUUCAAUACAGCGAUAUUGCGAAAAACAAUCCCUCUCUAAUCACAUUCAAUCUCUGGAUGUAUAGUAUAUUAAUUAAAUUGAUACCGUGCUUUGCGUUAACCAUUUUAUCACUACGAUUGAUUGGUGCAUUGCUCGAGGCAAAACGACGUCGUAAACAACUGCUGAAUUCGAAUGGUAUGCAAACAUUGGUUAAUGGCAAAGCUGUCGAAGGCCAGCAACCAAAUCGACGCAACACCAAAUCACUGGAAAAGGAAAAACAAACCGAUCGCACCACCCGAAUGCUGCUCGCUGUUUUAUUACUGUUUCUUAUCACAGAAUUUCCACAGGGUAUAUUGGGUUUGCUUAGUGCCGUUUUGGGGCCCAACUUUUACUUGCAAUGCUAUUUGAAACUAGGCGAUUUAAUCGAUAUUCUGGCAUUAAUAAACUCGGGCAUCAAUUUUAUAUUGUAUUGCUCGAUGAGUCGGCAAUUCCGUAAAACGUUUAUUGUAUUGUUUCGGCCGAAAUGUUUGACUCGUUGGUUGUCAUUGGCACAGGAUGAUGCGGACCAUGGUGCUGGCCAUACGUAUAUUGGCCGAGAUGAAAACAAUGGCCUAACCACACAAGUGACACAAGUUUAGCACAAGACCAACAGACAUUUGGUUGUCGUUGACCGGAAUGGCGUUAUGACCAUACAUCACACAACAAACCAAAUUCAAAUGCUGUGCUGCCUGAAAUGCUGCUGCCAUGCAAUCAAAUAGAAAAAAAACGCAGAAAGUGAGAGAGAGAGAGAGAGAGAGAGAGAGAGAGAGAGAACGAAAAACCAUGAGGAAAGGAGAGGAAGUGAGGUAGAAGUAGGUGCACAAAAUGAAAUGUUCGUGCGCACAUAUACGCUCCAAAUGGGUGCGGGAGCAUGGAUGACAAAAAUAGCAUAUAAAGCGGAAAAUCAAACAACGAACGAAAGCAGCGACAACGAUGACGAUGACGACGACGAUUAUGGCGACCGGGGCAGUGAACCAUCCACAACAAUGUCGGUGGCUAAAUUGGCGUUAAUCAUACAAAAGAUUGAAUGAUUUGUGGUUGUAAUGCAUGCAUUAUGCAUAGAUAAGACAAAAAGCGGCCAACGCAUAUAUACAACAAAUGUCUGUGUGGAACUAUAUAUGCAGGUAUUGGAAGGAAUGGAAGAAAACAAGAGAGAGAGAGAGAGAGAGAGAGAGAGAGAGAAAGAGAGAGAAAGAGAGAGCAAACAACAUUCGGCCACAGUAUAGCAACAACCGGCGACAUGAUCAAAUAGAAAUAAAACACUCAAAUAAAUAAAAGCGAAAUAAAAAAGAAAUAUAUAUGUACGCGCACAAUUGAUUCUAUCCCAAUAAUUUUUGUAGGUGCUUAUGUUAUUUUGUUUUCCAUCAAAUCCAUUAUUCUUUCCCCCCCCCCCCUCUAUUGUAGCUGGAGAGAAACAGAGAGAAUGGGAAAAAGCUUGAACAUUGAUCGAUAACACAUUCAUCCACACUGCGAUUCGAAACAAUCAAACAUAAAAUAUCACCAAUAAGAGAAUUUGAUGUUCAUUUUUAUCCCAUUCUACCUUGCACCCGCCGCCCAAAAUGCAAAAGGAUACACUUGAAUGUGUCUAACAAUUGUACGAGUUCAUUUAAUCAAUUUGCGAUAGGAUUUUGCCCUCCAUCACACUGAUGGCUGUUAUUAUGUGGAAUAAACGUAUCUUCUUCUUCUUCUUCUUUUUUCUUAAUAUUAUUGUUCUUUUUUCCCAUUAUUGUUAUUAUCAUUAUUUUAUUUCGCUCUGGUGGUGGGUCGACGGGAGAGGUACAAAACGGAGCACUAUUUUCAUUGAAAAUGUACAUAUAAUACGAUGAGCAUAACACAAUUAAUGGAAAACGGAUUCAGCAACGUCUAGCAACGGUGAAUUAAUACUUUGACGCGCAAAACGGCCGACCGUAGAAACGAUAAAGAAAACCGAAGAAAAUUCAGUUCGGUUGUGUGUGCGUGUGUGUUGCGCGCACGGCUGUAUUGCUAGUAGCAUUACCAUCACCAUCACCAUUACCAUCAUUUCAAUUCGAAAUUAUUUUUGCUCGAAUGCGAGAGGUUAAUUAAAGAAGGCUUAUUAGUUAAACAGGUGUUUUUUGUCUGUAUUAUUCCGUUGAAAAUGUAAUUAGAGUAACGAUAGCGUUUCACGUCCGUCAAUAAUAAAUUAUGUUUUGUUCAUUUAUCACUUAAAUCACAUUAAUGAAAAUGGCCAAGCAUCGCGUCCCGGAGCCAAAACUGAAUGGAAUAUAGCAAAUAUUUCUUCACACAACAGGAAAAAAAUAACUUAUACGAAAAUAAAAACAAAGAGAAUUAAAAUGGCAUUUUGGGCGAUGUGAAAAAGCAACGGUUCGUACCACUUAACAAUUACAUUGAAUGUAAAAUGGAACAUUUGGCAUUUUCAAGAGUCAAGAUGGAAAUUAAAUAGAAAUUUUGAGAGGGAGAGUUGAAUAGGUGCAUGUCAAAAAUAAGAAACGAAUUCAAGAUGUGCCCUGAUUCAUUGUACGAAAAAUACAUCUAGACACCGAUACAAUGAGGGGAGGAAAAGAGUCAAAGUGUGAUUGAAACUGAAUGUUUUACGGGACUACCUAAACUCUCAUUGUUCACGAUAGCUGUCUCUCAACAAUUGCAAGAUAAACCCAUUACCACAGAGCAAGUGUAGCGUAUGAGGAAGCGGAUGAGCAAACACACACACACACAUACACAUGUAUCUAUGGUUGAUCUUAGCAACGACUCGGAAAAUCGGUGCGGUUGUGUAAGCACUUCCUGCUUCUUUUCCAUAUACGUGGAAUGCUCGUGCUUCACGUAGAGUGAAUUGAGCUCACACCGUAUUUACUGAGAUUAGCUUAAAUGUGCGUUAUAAUGGCUCUCACUUCCACUCUCCCUCUCCCUCACGCUGUCACACUCUUCCUUCUAUAUAGAUACUAUAUUCACAUGUAUAAAUGUAAUUUUGUCUGAUGUUCCGAUUACAACUUACAAUAAAACGAGAGAAACAAACAUUUGUAUACUACUAUGCUCCUCAUUGCUUUUCAUAAUAACAAAUAAUAAUUCAAGAUUUUCCUAGAAAUGUAGGGAAAUUUGGUAAAAAAAAUUUCUUCUGGAAAAUGUUCAGUUGUCAGCCAUUCUCAAAUCCUAAGUGAAAUUUGUAUAAAUGCACUUGUCAAAGAAAAUGAAAAGAACCAUUGUGAUAUUUAUUUAAAACAUGGAUAAAAAAAACACUUUUAAACACUAUGUAGCAUAUUAUAUUACUAUGUCUAGAUGAUAACCACAUAUAUACAUAACAAUAUGUCAACUGAUUUGAGAUGAUGUCAAAAUCCAGAAUUAUUAUAAAAUUUAACUAGUUUAUUUUUGGGAUAAGAGAUUUAAGAGAUAAGAAAUAAAACAGACGAAUUGAUGUUAUUACUAAAUUAUG